AUGUUCACUUUAAACACGAAUCCCAAAUUUGAUCUUCAUUGUUUCUCUCACUUUGAUCACAAAUUUUCUCUCACUCAACAAAAUUUCAAGAAUUAUCUACGACAAACUUCUUGUGGAAGAACAACUCUUUCUUCUUUGAAAACUUUCCUUUCGGUUGGAAUCUACUUUCCUCGUAAGCUGGGACGGGUUGAACCUUGGAUUUGCCUCUUUCUUUAUUCGGCCCUACCACUGCUAGCUCAGUUGUCGUUUGGGGCAGUCAGUAGUAGUAGUAGUAGUAGUAGCAGCACUUCUUCUUCUUCUUCUUCUAUUAUUAUUAUUACUACCACCAUCUGUUCAGUUCUUGCUUUUAGUACCACUAAUACAACUAUCACCACCAUCUAUUCCAUUUCUUCUUUUUCUUCUUCUCAUAUCACUAAUAUUACUGCUACUACCACUAUCUGUUUAAUUUCUUUCUUUCUUCUUCUUUUUCUUCUUCUUCUUCUUCUAAUACCACUAAUACUACGACUACCGCUCACUAAUACUACUACCACCAGAAUACAUUUCAUUAUUUCUUCUUCUUCUUCUUCUUCUUCUUCUUCUUCUUCUUCUUCUUGA